GCACAAUCACGCAAAAAUUUGUCAUCAAAACAACAAAAACAGCUCAUCAGUUUCGUUCGCAACAACACGGUUCGCAGUCUCCGUCUCCCGCAGGUGGCACCGGUCUCAAGAUGGUCAACUUCGACACGGAGGAAUUCAACGAUAUCCUGGAAAAGUGCCGGGACCAGUCGCUGCAGAAGGAGCAGGACGCCAUUCUGCUGGAACCGUUCACGUACAUUCAGCAGAUCCCGGGCAAGCAGUUCCGGGCGAAGAUGGCCCUCGCGUUCAACCACUGGCUCAACAUUCCGGAGGAGAAGCUGGCGAUGAUUGGGGAGAUUGUCCAGAUGAUGCACAACUCGAGCCUGCUGAUUGACGACAUCGAGGACAAUUCGAUCCUGCGGCGGGGAAUUCCGGUGGCGCACAAAAUCUACGGCAUCGCGAGUACGAUCAACGCGGGGAAUUAUGUGCUGGUGAUGGCGCUGGCCAAGGUGAACCUGCUUGGGCAUCCGGACGCCCAGCAGGUGGUGACGGAGCAGCUGCUGGAGCUGCACCGCGGCCAGGGCAUGGAGAUUUACUGGCGGGACAAUUUUAUCUGCCCGACCGAGUCCGAGUACAAGCAGAUGGUGAUCCGGAAGACGGGCGGCCUGUUCAUGUUGGCGAUCCGGUUGAUGCAGCUGUUUAGCGAAAACAAGGCGGACUUUACGAAGCUGACGGCGAUUCUGGGGCUGUCGUUCCAGAUCCGGGACGAUUACUGCAACCUGACGUCGAAGGACUACUCGGACAACAAGAGCUACUGCGAAGAUCUGACCGAGGGCAAGUUUAGCUUUCCGGUGAUACACGCCGUGCUGAACCAGAAGGACCGCCAGGUGUUGCACAUUCUGCGCCAGCGGACGCAGGACGUCGAGGUGAAGCGGUACUGCGUGUCGCUGCUGGAGAAGCUGGGCAGCUUUCGGUACACGGAGGAGGUGCUCGACACGCUGGACAACGAGGCGCGGGCGGAGAUCGAACGCCUCGGUCCGAACCCGAUCAUGCAGACGCUGCUGGACGCCCUGCUCAGCUGGAAGUCGGACGAGGGCGGCGCCGACGGCCAAAAGGAGAAGUAAGCCCCUCCCCCCUCCAACCGGUUCCUUCCCGUUUCCCUCUCUUUCCGGGCGAAUCAUCAUCUGUGAGUGUGGUCGUCAUCGUCGUCGUCGUCGUCGUAGGCUAGCAAUUAUUUGAAAAUGGUAUGAAAUGUAUGGUAUGAAAACGUGGAAUUAAGUUUAAAAGUACACACAAACAGUAAACAAAGCUGAAAAUAUCUCCACCAAGCAACGCAGAUUAGUAGCACUCUGUUUAGCAACAAGGGAGGAAAGUGGAGGGUGUAAUAACUUAUUUUUAUAUGCAUGUAACAUUGGAUUAAGUUUAAACGAAAGCGCUGACGGUAAACGUAAAAGUGUCGCAUUUUGACGAGUGAUCGGAGAGAGUUGUGUAAUUGCGCCCAAAAAAUCUCAAAGAAAGACAGCCUUUCGGAUUUGAAUGAGAACAAACUUGACUAAAGACUAAAGAAAACAAAAACUGCGAAUAAAAAAAGACGUAAAACGAAGAUUUCACGCAGCCGCCAUUCCGGCGUUCGGAACGCCGACGGGUUCGUGUUUUUUUUCCUGUGCACUUUGAAUGUAUAAUGCUGCUUGUGAGUAUAAUAUAUGAUAUACAAAGAAACACACACCUUAGUGAAGACAAACACAAAAAAAAGAUUCUGAAUAUGAUUCCUCUUUAGUUUUUAGAGUAUCUAGCUUUUUGGUUGAAGCCAUUUGUUAAAUUUA